UUAAAUUUAAAAUAUGGAUUAUGAAACCCUCUUCACAAUUCUUCCAAAAGAACCUAAGAAAUGGUCUUUAGAGGAUGUAUCGUCAUGGCUCAAUUUUGUUGGGUUACAAUAACUAUAGACAACUUUCAGUAUAUUAAUGAACUUAUAUUGUAGCUUAAAAUUCAAUCGAUGGAUCAUGUUUAGAGUUAAUAGAAGAAAAUGACUUAAUAGAAGAUCUAGGAAUUACAAAUAAGAUAGUUAGAAAAAAGCUAAUGCAUUGUAAAUACAAUAUAUUAAUGAAAGGGCUUAAAACAGGUCUAAAAGAAUAUGCAUCUCAUAUAAAAUCAACUACUUUCGAAGACAGACGUUAUGAAAAGAUGGAAUAAGAAAAUGCUACACUUGAAAAUACUGAAUCUGCAUAACCUCAAUAUGGAUAGAUUAAUAUCUCUCAUGAUAUGAUGACUAAUUAUCUUAAGAAUAAUGAAAUGUUUUCAUAACAAUUUUAAUAACCAUUAUGUGAGAUGUAAUAAUAAUACUUAAUAUUAAGUGAAAACAAACCUCAGUUUUAAAAAAAAUAAUAAACCGGCAUUUUAAUUGAAUAAGACCUAGAAAAAUUUGUUUCAAAAGUAUAAAACGAAUUAAUCAUACAACCAACAGAAGGACCAUAAACUAAUUUUUAUUGUAUUAAAGAAUCAGGAGGUAAAAUUGGAAGACAUUCAAGCAAUUAAAUUUUAAUAUUAGAAGAGAGUAUUAGUAGAUUUCAUGCAGAAGUGAUAUUUCAAAAUGAAGAAGUAUUUAUAUUAUUUAACUUAGUUUUAUAUUAAAGAUAUAGGAUCAACUACAGGAACUUUUAUUAAAGUUGAAACAAAAUAAUUAUUACAAAUUGGAAUGGUUGUUGAAUUAGGUAGUAAUUAAUUUGAAAUUUAAUAAGUGAAUGUAAAUGGUUUAAAUAUAGAUGUAAUAAUAUCAUUAGAAUAUUAGGUUGUAAUGGCAAUUAUAGAAGGACCAAAUACACCUGAAAAACAUGUGAUUAAUUUAACAACUUAAAAGAGUGUGACAACUGUUGGUAGAAAAUAGACUGCUGAUCUUACUUUUAGUGAAGAUCAUCAUCUUUCUAAUAUUCAUGCCAAAAUUUGUUUGAUUGAUGGUAGAGUAUAUUUGGAAGAUAUGGGAUCUACAAAUGGGUAUCUCAUUUUAUUAAUAUUUAGAUCUUGGUUAAGAUUAUCAAGAGAAGGUUAACCUUCAUAGUUAUAUCCAUUAUAAAACUAAACAGUUUUUAAAAUUGGAACUACAUCUACUUAUUUAUGUAAAAGAACUUCAUAAUUGGUUGCUGAUAGAAGUCACGAAAAUAGUUGUAUAAUUUGUAUUGAAAAUGAUCGUGAUGCAUUAUAUAUGCCUUGUAAACAUAAUACUGCUUGUUUGAAAUGCAGUAAAAAUCUAAAGGAUUGCCCUAUCUGCAGAACUAAAAUAUAGGAUAUCAUUAGAAUCUAUAAAAACUGACAUUAUUAUAUAUAUAUAUAUAAAUAUCUAAU